AUAAAAGAGUUUCAGAGGCCCACACUAGCUCUCCCCUCCCAUCUCACUCCAGCCAGAUGGGGAGGUAGGAAGAGCUCCUACCCCUCCACUGUCUGAUUAGAGAUUUCCCAUAAGCUGUCACAGAUCUGUCACAGGGACUGAGGGAGAGACCAAGAGAGGCAGGAAGAAUUGGCAAAGGAUUGAGACAAUCAGGAAGCUGGGCUGCCUGCUGCAGGGGAGCAGGAAGGAGGGGCCAUCUUGACAUCAGAGCUUGGUGAACUCUACCUGCCCCCAUGCAGUUUCCCAUGGGCCCUGCCUGCAUCUUUUUGAGGAAAGGCAUUGCUGAGAAGCAGCGGGAGAGACCACUGGGACAGGACGAGAUUGAUGAGCUCCGGGAAGCAUUUCUUGAAUUUGACAAGGACCGAGAUGGGUUCAUCUCUUACAAGGAUUUGGGCAAUCUCAUGAGGACGAUGGGUUACAUGCCUACGGAGAUGGAGUUGACUGAGUUGGGCCAGCAAAUCCGCAUGAACCUUGGUGGCCGUGUAGACUUUGAAGACUUUGUAGAGCUGAUGACCCCCAAAUUGCUUGCAGAGACAGCAGGGAUGAUUGGUGUCCAGGAGAUGCGAGAUGCCUUCAAGGAGUUUGAUGCCAAUGGAGAUGGGGAGAUCACAUUGGCAGAGCUGCAGCAGGCCAUGCAGAGGCUGCUGGGGGAGAAGCUCACACCCCGGGAGAUUUCUGAAGUGGUACAGGAGGCUGACAUCAAUGGAGAUGGCACUGUUGACUUUGAAGAGUUUGUGAAGAUGAUGUCUCGUUGAAGAGGUAAUAAGCUCCAGACACACACUGCCUUGUCAACAUGAGACUGGAUUCCCAGGAGCCCUUGAAGGGUGGAGGGUGGGAGUGGACUUGCCGUGCUAUGGACUGGGGUGUAACUGCAAACAGUUGCUUUGCUUUCGGGGAGCAGAGACAACUAUAGAAGCAGAUUUAGAAGGAAGACUGUGUCCAUAAGUAGGAAUUGCAUUAGGACCCAGCUGCCACUCAAACAUUCCAGGGGCUAUGACAUCUUUCCCUAAUUCUCUGUUUCCCAGCAGAUUCUCCUUCCAUGUUUCCCUUGGGAAAAGAUGGUGUGGGGAACUUUUUCACAGCCUGCAGGAAGAAAAGAAAAUCUUUCAAAAAGUUCC